AGUAUCCCAAUUUAACAUGCACGCCUCUAUUGCCUUCUCUGCUGUCCUCGCCUUCAUUGCUACUGCUGUUUCUGCUGCUCCUGCUUCUGUUGCCGCUACUGACUGCAACCCCUCUUACGACAUUGCUAGUUCUACUCCUUGUUUCACUGCCUGUAACGUUGUUGCUGGUCAAGAAUGGGUUCCCGGAUGGACCAUGGACUCCACCUCUGCUUUGUUCAUUCCCUCUCUCACUCUCAUGUGUACCAAGACUGCUCCUGAAUACCGCUCUUUCAUGACCAAGGCUGGUACCUGUAUGGCUCAAUGUACUGCUGAUGAUCCCGAGUUAUUCAACACUGAAUUUGCUGGUGCCUGUGCUUGGUGGUCUACCCACAAGAACGAUACCUGUAGCGCUUAAAGACCUUCAUAGAAAAGCCUUGUAAUGAUAAUCCAUUACUUUAAAUUAUUUAUUUAUUUAUUAC